AUUAUAAAAGCCUCUGUCAUUUGCCCAGUCCAAACUUAGCAACACCCUAGUAAGCAAAAUAAACAUUACAUAUAUAAUUCUCUUCUCUGCUUCUUGAUCAUAAUUUUCAUGGAUUCGUUAGAUUCAUGUUCUGAUCCAAAUCCGUUCGGCGUUUCCGACAUGCCUGAGAUUACAUCGUUGAAGGGACAUUCUGACGAAGAGGUUAUUUUGGCGUCGAGUCAGCCCAAGAAACGUACAGGAAGGAAGAAGUUCAAGGAAACUCGCCACCCGGUUUAUCGAGGCAUUAGACAGAGGAAUUCAAACAAAUGGGUAUGCGAGUUACGCGAACCGAGCAAUCAGAAAAGGAUAUGGCUAGGAACUCAUCCUACUGCAGAAAUGGCAGCACGUGCUCAUGAUGUUGCUGCAUUAGCAUUCAGAGGUCAGUUGGCAUGCCUGAAUUUCGCCGAUUCUGUCUGGUGCUUGCCGGUGCCGGUUUCUAAAGAUGCUAAGGAUAUUCAGAAGGCGGCAAUAGAGGCGGCAGAACUGUUUAGGCCGUUCGAGGGGGGUGGUGGUGGUGGGACAAUAAUGCAAGAAAAUGAGAUGAAUUCUGAGGGGGUUUCAAGUGGCAACUUGACAACAUUGGACACAACAAAAACACUAUCAGAUUGUGAUAUUUUUAAUAUGAGUGAGGAUUCAGAGACAAAUAUGGAAGGAGUUUUGCUGUCACCACAACCUCGUUUAGACUACAGUUUCGGCUGGGAUGAUUUGGAAAACGAUGAUGCUGAGAUGGUGCUUUGGAGCUAUUCUAUUUGAUGUCAUAGUAGUUUUGGAUAGUAAAGUGCAUAAAAACACAAAAAUAAAGAAACAAGAUAUAGUAUAUGUGUGUAUUCCAGUUUGAUUGAAUAGAGUGUAGGUGAGUCAAGUUGAUCUGGUAUUUGGUUUUGAAGUCCAAUCACCCAGACGGCUUACUAUAAGACAAAAAGUAAGAGGAAAAAAUAUCAAGCGGAUAAGAGUGCAAGAACUUUGGAUAGAAUGCUUUGACUGUAUUGAUUUUCUUGUAUUUUCCUUUGUACAGUUACAAUAUAUAUGAAGAAUGGAAAAGAAUAUUGGCUUAAAACAUAAACUA